AUGGGCAGCAAUCAAAGCACACCGAAGAUCUCGGCACAGGACAGGGCUAUCCUGGACAUGAAAAAUCAGCGAGACAAGCUGCGCCAAUACCAGAAACGAAUCACUGUUAUUACGGAUCGUGAGAAGUCCAUUGCUAAAGAGUGUCUUGCUCGGGGCGACAAGGAAAAAGCACUCCUUGCACUCAGACGAAAGAAGUACCAGGAAUCUCUUCUUGGCAAAACGGACUCUCAACUCGAACAACUCGAGAAACUCACAUCCAGUGUCGAGUUUGCCCUUGUCCAGAAAGAUGUGCUUUAUGGCCUGAAGCAGGGCACACAGGUCCUGCAGCAGAUACACAAGGAGAUGGGUGGUCUUGAAGCAGUCGAGAAGCUUAUGGGGGAAUCAGAGGAGGCAAGAGCAUACCAACAGGCCAGCAAUUGGCAAGUGAGAAUACUGAUCUUUCACAACUGGGAACAGGAAAUCAGCGACGCUCUUGCUGGGCAAAUGUCAAAUGAGGAUGAAGAUGAGGUCGAGGACGAGUUGGAGCGCCUGGAGCAGGAGACAGUUGUUCUGCCAAAAGUAUCAUCGCAAGGUUUAGGACACGAAGUUGUCCACGAUGCGGCAGAUGGCAUUGUUGCCGACCACGAAUUGCCAGAUGUUCCGACGUCAAUCGCUGCCCACGACCCGGAGAGGCUCCAAAAGCAGAGGGAAAGGGCAAAGGCAAGGAAAAUCGCUUUACAUGCAUGA